CUGCUUUCCGCCCGCCCUCCUCAAACUGCGCGCGACCCACCCCGUCCUCGUAAACACCGCCCGCUUCCCUCGCUCACUUCCAAACAGUCCCCCUUCUUCCGUGGAGGAGAGCGUCGUCAAUAAAUACGGACCCCAGCAAUUCGGUGAACGCAUUUCAGCGACGGGCUUCGGGCUAUACAAGGAUACACAAGCGGGGAUUCCCAGUGUCAAGUCCACUUUUAAGAGGCUAAAGGGUCCAGGUGUGUUUGAAGGCAACCAUGACCACACUGCUGGGAUUCAUGCUUCUUCUGUCUGCUCUCUGCUGCUCCCUGGGGGAUCAGGGGGCGCUACGUCGAGUCAGGAGAGGAACACGGAGCUGGGCAGUCCCUCUCUCAGACCGCUGUAGGGAUGUGGAGGGGCGCUGGCGGGUUCGGGGGGAGACCUGGCUGCGCUGGAGGGCUGCGAGGGCGGAGUUCUGCCGCUGCUCCACAAGGGGGCAGGAGCGCUGUCACUCUGUGCCCGUCACCUCGUGUCCCUUGUCGCAGUGCUAUAACGGCGGGACGUGUAAGGAGGCGGUGUACUCCAGCGACUUCCUGUGCCUGUGCCCCCCCGGCUUCUCUGGGGAUCGGUGCGAGAUCAACACAAGUGAGAAGUGCAUUGUGGGACAGGGGCUAGGUUACCGUGGUACCUGGGCGAGCAGCGCAGAGGGAACUUCGUGUUUAAACUGGAACUCUACGAUCCUGAGAGGGAAGAAGUACACCGCCAAGAGACUGGACGCCAACAGCCUGGGACUGGCUGACCACAACUACUGCAGGAACCCGGAUAAUGACACCAUGCCCUGGUGCUACGUGCUUCAAGGGAUUCAGGUCGCCUGGAAGUACUGUGACCUGCCCACCUGUCCCUCAGACCCAAACCUGGAGUGCGUGCGGGGCAAGGGGCUGUCGUACCGGGGGACGAAAGGGGUGUCCCAAAGCGGCCUCCGCUGCCUGCCCUGGGACUCCCGGCCUGUGAACCGCAAAGCGCACAACGCCUGGAGGUCCAACGCCGGGGAGCUCGGGCUGGGCAGCCACAACUUCUGCAGGAACCCGGACGGUGACCUCACCCCCUGGUGUUACGUUUACAAGGGGUUCCAGCUGACCUGGGAGGCCUGCGACAUCCCCAAGUGCAGGAGACGGCCGUCGAGCGGCACCACGCUUGGCCCUCGAGGGACGACCAUCGGCAACCGCGCGACCUGUGGGCAGCGAGCGGAGAGGCCGGUGUCGGGCCCCAUGUUUCGGAUGUGGGGGGGGCAGGACAGUGACAUCACCACGCAGCCGUGGCAGGCAGCCAUCACGUACUACAGCCGCCGGUCGAAGGAGCAGGUGUUCCGCUGCGGGGGCGUGCUGAUCGCCUCCUGCUGGGUGCUGUCGGCAGCGCACUGCUUCCCCAAAGACCCCCGCGAAAUCGGACCGCUCAAGGUGACCCUGGGCAGAACCUUCCGGAAGGAAAACUCGAGUAGUGAGCAGAUCUUUAACGUGGAGAAGUACUGGGUGCACGAGCUCUUCAAUUCGGAAACAUACGAUAACGACAUUGCCAUACUGAAGCUGAAGACUGAUAUCGGGAUCUGCGCCAUCAACUCCCCCGAGGUGCUGCCCGUCUGCGUGCCCGAGCCCAGCACGGAGCUGCCCGACUGGUCGGAAUGCGAGAUCUCCGGAUAUGGGAAAGAGCACGAGUUCUCGGCCUUCUACUCGGAGCGGGUGAAGAGGGGGCACGUGCGCCUGUGGCCCCAGGAGCGCUGCGUCCCAGAGAAGCUGGCCGGCCGCGUCGUCACCAAAAACAUGCUGUGCGCCGGGGACACCCGCGGGCUCGACGACGCCUGCAAGGGGGACUCUGGGGGACCCCUGGUCUGUCAGAAGGACGGGCGCAUGACGCUUUUGGGGAUCAUCAGCUGGGGCGACGGCUGUGGAAAGAAGGACACCCCGGGGGUGUACACCCGCGUCACCAACUACAUCGGCUGGAUCGCCCGCAAAAUGGCCGCCCGGGGCAUCUGAGGCGACCGGCUGGCUGGCGUCUCCGCCCUGGUGCACCUCAAACCCACGGACUGCUGCGCCCGCGUCGCCCCCCCCGGGAAACAGGGCCCGACGCUGGGGGAACCUCGAAAAGACACGAACCCCAGGAAUGAGCAGAGCCAGAGCGCCGGAAUGUUCCACUGAGCUCCUCGCUCUCUUUCCUCUUUGCCGCAACUUUGUAGGACUUUUUUUUUGGGACAACGAAACGCAGAAAUAUCGAGGAAGGGAACCCCACCACCACCACCCCCCAGCCUGACUCACUGUACAGCCAGCCAGACUCUAACUCUAAUACCUAGCCUCUCUCGUGUACUUUGUCUUUUUAAAUCCCCCAUUUGUAGUUUAAAAAAAAACCUUUUUUCCUGAUUUUCUGAACUGAGAAUGAAGCAGUGAUUGAGCACUGCAUCCACAGACUAAGCGACGUGGAGGUAACAUGACAUAACAUAUGCUUUGUGCUUUGUGCUGGAGAGGAGCUGCACUGUGGCUAACUUGGCUAGGGAAGCUACACCAUGGCUAACUCAGCUAGAGAAGCUACACUGUGGCUAACUCAGCUAGAGAAGCUACACUGUGGCUAACUCAGCUAGAGAAGCUACACUGUGGCUAACUCAGCUAGGGAAGCUAACUUGUGGCUAACUUGGCUGGAGACGCUACACCAUGCUAGACCAUGGCUAACUCAACUAGCCUGCUACACCGCCCAACCUUCCAUUAUGCAGUUUGGUUCCUAUAAUCACGCAGUGCGCUGAUUCUCUCUGUCCUUUCCAUACACAGGUACCUGGCACUGGUUGUACAGUACAUCCCCCUCAAUAACUGCAGAGCUAUGAUAGGAAGAUCAUUUUUAUUUGCAGAUCCUUCACAGAUCGUUUGUAUAAAAGUUCAGUUCAGUUUUGCCGAGUGAUCCGUCUCAUUUGACGGCUGCGGAUGUUUCUUUCAGGGAGAGCAGGGGCGCACCAGCGUUCUCUUUCCACCUCCAUUUUAGACGCAUCCAUGAUCGCUGAUAAUGAGCUGGAGGAGUCUGUUUGUAGAGCCGCAGCGUGAAGAAACACCUGCAGUGGCCACCUGUUACCACCAUGCACACACGCACACCUGGAGCACACCUAACUCCUCCGUGUCUUUGUUUUUUGUUUGCAUAUUACGUUCAGAUAAACCGUUUUAGAACAAGGUUUUUUUUUCUUUUUACAUUUCUUUAAGUUAAUAUUUAUUUAUAGACGAAGAAAUCAUUUUAACUAUGUGAUACACCUGUAUUUGAUUUGAUUUUUAUUUAUUAUUCUGUGUUUAUGUUGACAUUUUGGAAAGAUUUGUAUAGCGUCUCUUUUCUAAAUAAAUCUUUUUAUAUCAAAA